UUUAAGUGUUGCUUGGAAUCGCAUGAUGCGCGCUAGAUAGCAGUAAUACCAGCAUACUGGUGUGUAUACUUAUGCCGUUUGCUGUCUGCACACUUCAACUUAAUGGACAGCAUGGAAGAAAGUGGGAAACAACAUGAAAUAUUUGUUGAAUUGAGACAGCGUUUGGAAAGCGGGCUCUUGAUUUUAAGGAAGGAUGUCGCUCAGAGCUCCGCCGAGGUGAAGGUAGACAGCAGCAACUCCUCCCUCCUCAUCCAAACCCCCCGAGGCCUGCGGUGUGCCGAGCUACCAGCAGGGGUCAGUGUGGUGCAGGGGUCCUGCCAGCCCACCCCCACAGGCGAUGGAGGAGAGGGACUCCACUUCAGACUGCGCCUCAGCGUAGAACAGCUGGCAGAGGCUCAGGGGAGUGUUAUUGAGCGGCUACAGGUCCAGCAGCCAUAUGACUUCUACUGCCAGGCCUGCAGGAGUCCCAUCCUGGAACAGAGGGUGUUCCGACGGGUUCUCCCUCUGCCCAGCGGGAACUGGAACGCGCUCGUGGGCGAGUGGUGCUGCCACCCAGAUCCCUUCGCCAACAGGAAGCUCCUCCCGCGGGUGGAGGACUGCCUGACGGGGGACACCCACUUCCUGUUGGUGAAGGACAGCCGCUGCAACCAGACGCUCACCGUGGAGUCCAAGGAAGAUCCCGCCUCUGGUCACACAGCUGCCAAUCACAGCCAAGACUCUGAAAAGGCCAGGCCGGUCCGGCGUGCGCCCCCACGGGUGACCUGUAGAAGCUGCUCGGCCACACUAGGAGAGGCCCUCACCAGAGAUGUGUUGAAGUUCUACAUAACGGAGGUUGUGGAGACUGAAAGUGAGGACUGUGAAACCGACAGGAUAAGGACGAGAUUAGAGUUUGUGGAGAAGACUGUGUCCGCCAGGCUGGUUGAGCUGUCGUCAGGUCAGAGCACCUUCCGCUUCUCCAUCCAGACGCCCACUGGCACAGCGGCGGUCUUGCUCUGGGUCCUGAACACCGACACCCUGGUUGCCUCAUUCCCCGAGAUUCCGGUAUCCGGCGACGACACUCUCAUCUUUCCUGGCGACAGUUGCCAUCCCGGCGAGGAUCGAUCACGCCGCGCCGUCGGCGCAAUCAAAGUCCUCUAUCUCCCCUGUGGUCCCAGCAUGCACCAGGAUACUGUAAGUGUGUGGGAGAAGGACAUCAGUGUGCACGCGCUGACCCUUCCUCAGACCACCUGCCAGGAAGUGCUUGAGCUGCUGAGAGCGUCCACUUCCUCUCUGCCUCCGUCGCUGCGCUGCAUGAACUCCUACCAGGUGGCCUUUAUGAGACGAUAAGAACACGAGCGGACCGACCGACCGGUCAGAUGGAUGGCGGCCCUUUCCAGUGGGGUCUGCCACUCCGCAUUCCAACGACACGGGAACGCUGGGAAGUUGGCCGUGCUUCUCGUCACAGACAGGACUCGGUGCUCUGCAGUGCUCUGAGAGCAGAAAAACCAACAGCAAACACGUGGCUUCCUUGUCUGAACCCUGUGAACCAGAUGGCCAUAUUAAAUUUUCUACAAAACAGUCA